AUAUAUGCGUGCAGCGAGCCCGCGUCCUUUCCCUGGCGUGAUUCCGUCCUGCGUGCCUGUUCUGAGGAGCAGCAGGCAGAACCCUCCGUCCGACUUCUCUGCCACCGAAGAACGCGCCUUCACCUCAUGGAAGACUCCAUGGACAUGGACAUGAGCCCUCUAAGGCCUCAGAACUACCUUUUCGGUUGUGAACUAAAAGCCGACAAAGAUUAUCACUUUAAGGUGGAUAAUGAUGAGAAUGAGCACCAGUUAUCUCUAAGAACGGUUAGUUUAGGUGCUGGGGCAAAAGACGAAUUACACAUCGUAGAGGCAGAAGCAAUGAACUAUGAAGGCAGUCCAAUUAAAGUAACACUGGCAACUUUGAAAAUGUCUGUACAGCCAACAGUUUCUCUUGGGGGAUUUGAAAUAACACCUCCUGUGGUCUUAAGAUUGAAGUGUGGUUCUGGGCCUGUGCACAUUAGUGGACAGCAUCUAGUAGCUGUAGAGGAAGAUGCAGAGUCAGAAGAUGAAGAUGAGGAGGAUGUAAAGCUGCUGAGUAUGUCUGGAAAGCGAUCUGCUCCUGGAGGUGGCAACAAGGUGCCACAGAAAAAAGUAAAACUUGAUGAGGAUGAUGAUGAAGAUGAUGAGGAUGAUGAGGAUGAUGAAGAUGAUGACGACGAUGAUUUUGAUGAUGAGGAAGCUGAAGAAAAAGUUCCAGUUAAGAAAUCUGUACGAGAUACUCCAGCCAAAAAUGCACAAAAAUCAAACCAAAAUGGAAAAGACUUAAAACCAUCAACACCAAGAUCAAAGGGUCAAGAGUCCUUCAAAAAACAGGAAAAAACCCCUAAAACACCAAAAGGACCUAGUUCUGUAGAAGACAUUAAGGCAAAAAUGCAAGCAAGUAUAGAAAAAGGUGGCUCUCUUCCCAAAGUGGAAGCCAAGUUCAUUAAUUAUGUGAAGAAUUGCUUCCGGAUGACUGACCAGGAGGCUAUUCAAGAUCUCUGGCAGUGGAGGAAGUCUCUUUAAGAAAAUGGUUUAAACAGUUUGAAAUAUUCCGUCUUAAUUUCUGUAACAGUUGAUAUAUCUGGCUGUCCUUUUUAUAAUACAAAGUGAGAACUUUCCCUACUGUGUUUGAUAAAUGUUGUCCAGGUUCCAUUGCCAAGAAUGUGUUGUCUAAAAUGCCUGUUUAGUUUUCAAGGAUGGAACUCCACCCUUUACUUGGUUUUAAGUAUGUAUGGAAUGUUAUGAUAGGACAUAGUAAUAGUGGUGGUCAGAUGUGGAAAUGGUAGGGAGACAAAUAUACAUGUGAAAUAAACUCAGUAUUUUAAUAAAGUAGCACUGUUUCUAUUUGCUUAUUUAACUGUUCCAUACAUUGUCUGAAGUUAAAUGUCAGUGCCCUCAAAUCUCAUGUCUCUCCAUUCCCGUCCAGGUAUUUUGUAAAUUGAUUCAUUAUAAGCCUUGACUAAAGAUUUUUAGGGACUAGUAUAAACAGCUUCCCUCUAGUUCUGUUCAUUAACCUGAUGACAUAAUGAACAUAAUAACCACUGAGUCAUUCAUCCUGGUUUGCAGUUGUGUAUUAACAUGAUAUUCUCAAUGCAUGGCAGAGUCCUUACAUACAAGACAACUCAAGUUCUAUCUUAAGUGUACCUCCUGUUUGUUAAGUGUUUUCUAUAUGAUUCUCUGUAAUUGUAUAAUUAUCAGCUUUAUAGUCCCCAAGAGGAGCAAGCAGUUCUGGGAUUUUUCUAGGGACAAUUAAGUGUCCUUGCAUCCAUUCUUAGACUUUCUGUUUUCUUGAAUUCUUUUAUAUUAAAAUUUUACUUCUAACUUAGCAAAUUGGUUCUUUAGAGUGAUCAGAAUCUGGUUAGGAAUUGAUAUUGAAGUUGUCCAGAAGGUUGUGUCUGGUACUGUUUGUCUUCCUGGUCAUUUGAGCAUUUUGUAACUUAGUCAAGGGCUGCUUUGUUCCUUAGUCUUUUACUGGGGAAAUUUUAUACAUACAGGUACACAGCAGGCAUGCAAUCAUGACAUUUUUAAAUUACUUGGUAGGUACACAAGAUUAAAGUAGAAUUUUCAUAUUAAGAUAGGUGUGCUUGAUUUUUUUUUUUUGCAUAAAGCCACUUGGCUGAAUAUUUGUAAAUUUUAUGGUAAUUAUCAACAGAACACCCAUUUCAUGGAUACAAAUGGUAAAGUAGGCAUAUUUCAGAAGCCUGAAACUCCUAAAUCAUAAGCAAACCUGUUACCAGGAUUAAACUCAAUAACAGUGUUUUCUUUAGCUUUUUAUUGAUAGUCAAAAGGUCUGUUACAGAGUUGUCUAUAGCCUCAACUUUGGUACAGGCCUAUCGAGCCUGCUAGUGGUGUGUGGUGUUAAUGGUGUGCAGAGUGACCAUUGAUUGCUGCAUUACAGACACCUAUAUUUGUGAUGCAUUGUAAUGACCUUGCUCACCUAAAUGGUUUCAGGUAGUGCCUUAAAACAGUAUGGUAGGUAGCUAGUGUUGAUUAUAUUUUCAAAGAAGUUGGUUGCUUUUUGAAGUGUUAGUGGAUGGAGAGGUCUUAGGUGUUUAAUUUGAAACUGCUUUUGUCUGAAAUUACACUGGUUGAAUGGAACACAAUUUACAUCUCGAGUGAAAGCAGUUUGGUCUUUACAAGUUGAACACGCUAGAUGGCUCCCUGACUUCAAUAAAUAAGGUUUAGUUACAUUAAGAUGGAAGUAAAAUAGGAUGUUUAUGAAAAGUUAAAAAAGGCAAAGAUGUGUUGUCUCAACCUUAUUGGGUAUGGAUCUACAGCUUCUGUAUACUAUUAGAAACUGCAAGAACUACAGACCUCAGGUAAAGCAGUCUGAAUUGGAGUACAGGCUGUCUCACCUGCAAUACUAGGUCUAGGUGCUUAGGGGAGGAUGUUAUCUAUGUCUUUACAAUAUGGAACCGGACUAUGGACUACAGGGAUGUUGCAGUCAGGUUGCCUGUUUCUGAAGAAUAUCUAAACAUAACACACACAUUCCCAGUUCUACAAGUGCUUGGGUGUUGAUAUGAGAAGCAGGGUUUAACAUUUCAUUGUGUAUGCAAAGGUGUGCAAAUGUAUUAGCGCCAAGUGCAGGACUACCGUAUACUGGAGACCUUAACAGGCUUGCAUCCAACCUAGUUCCUCAUGUGUACUAUCAUUACUUCAGCCCUAGUAUUCUAUUUCAUUAAUUUAGCAGGAGUGCCUGGUUUUUGAUCUUCAUUUUCAGAGCUUUUAAUGAUCUUGUUAUGAUGUCCAAAUGUAGCAGUAAAACAGGAUUCCAAUAGAAGGGAUCUUGUAAUUUAGCAUUGUUAAAGGUGAUGUUUGUGGUGGUGGGUUUG